AUGUCUUCGGCUGCACUGCAAACAGCGCUGCAUCAGUCAACCUCGGUGGGAUCGCAUUCUCCUGUCGCGGCAACGUCCUCAUCCAGACCCUACACCGGCAGCUCUUCACAAUCGCGAGCCGACGCCUACUACAAUCAAGCUCCGACAAACGCGUCGCCUCCAUCAACACGUCGGCCAUCCAGGAGACCCAGCGGCAAUGGCGCAACCCCGAGUAAUAAUCCCCAACAACCACAGUAUUAUUCACCGUCUGGCAGCACCUCGUCCCCGACGCCGAUGAAUGCCCGCAGCACCAACUCUCCCGCUGUUACGACCGCCGCGCCCUCCGGGUACCCAGUCAUGGCUCCAGGUGAUCACCAGCGUGGUGUCCCGCCUGUUGUCUCACCCCGAACGUCCUCGAACCGAAAUGCCUCCCACGCGGCAGCAUCUGCAGCUGAUCGAUCCUCGAGGAGAAGUGCAUACACUGCUGAACAAUCGAGUUCUCCACGGCUAGCGAACACGGGCGAUGGGCAGCAGGAUAGGGCGGAGAGACAGCGCAGCAAUGGUAACACACAAACAAACGGGGCUGAUAGAGAUAGAGAAGACCCAGCAGCAACGGCUGCACGAGCCAGACGGAGAGCUCAACAACAACAACAACAACAGCCUGAAACUCUACCACACAGACCGAGCGGUAGCAGAGAGCCCAGAGAGUCGAGAGCAACGGCAUCAGCUUCUGCGGUUCAGAGACAGGCGAUGGCUGCUGCGGCAGGUGCACAAUCUCCAGCGGAAUUAUCACGAGAAGCCAGCGAGGUUUUAAAUAGGGUGAUUAUCAGCAAGCCGGAAGUCGAUAUAGAGAGGGAGCAAGAGAGAAUGAGGGAGGCGAUUCCUUCAUCGCCGAAUGCACAAUCCACGCCUGGGGGGUUGAGUGUUGCCGGCAGUGAAGGUGUUGAAGAUGGUGGACGAGGCGGCCGAAGUCGACAGGAUCAUACUAGCUCGAAGGCCUCAAAAAACCUCAAGUUCGGUGACUAUUAUCUGGGCAACACGCUGGGAGAGGGUGAGUUUGGCAAAGUUAAGAUGGGAUGGAAGCAAGAAGGUGGUGUACAGGUUGCUAUCAAGCUCAUCCGCCGCGACAGCGUUGGCACGAACCCCACCAGACUGGCAAAGAUCUACCGCGAGAUUGCCAUCCUCCGAGAGAUUUCUCAUCCGAAUAUUGUUCGUUUGCACGAGAUGGUGGAAACGGAGAAGCAGAUUGGUAUCAUCCUGGAAUACGCCUCAGGAGGGGAGCUGUUCGACUAUAUUCUCAACCACCGAUACUUGAAGGACCCCGCUGCUCGACGGCUAUUUGCACAACUGGUUUCUGGUGUUGGGUAUUUGCACAAGAAAGGCAUUGUUCACCGAGAUCUGAAGCUGGAAAAUCUGCUGCUGGAUAAAAACCGGAACAUCAUCAUCACCGACUUUGGCUUUGCCAACACCUUCAAUCCCGACGAUGAAUUGGGAGAUGAGAUCGAGUACAACUUGUCGAGUAGGGAUUUCGUGAAGAGGAUGGAACUUGACAAAACAUUACCAGGUGGACAUCGAAGAGGUGACUUGAUGCAGACAAGCUGUGGAAGCCCCUGUUACGCAGCUCCAGAGCUUGUGGUCAGUGACUCUUUGUACACUGGCCGCAAGGUCGAUGUCUGGAGCUGUGGUGUGAUCUUGUAUGCUAUGCUCGCAGGCUACCUACCCUUUGAUGAUGAUCCAGCAAAUCCUGAAGGUGAUAACAUUAAUUUACUCUACAAGUACAUAGUCUCGACCCCCUUAACUUUCCCCGAAUAUGUCACGCCUCAUGCCCGGGAUCUGCUUCGCCGAAUCCUUGUUCCCGACCCCCGAAAACGUGCCGACCUGUUCGAGGUGGCCCGACAUAGCUGGUUAAGCGAAUACUCGCAUGUUGUCGGUUUUAUCACGAGCAGCACAACCACGGCUACGGACGUCGCUGCUGCAACCGUCACUGCAGACGACUCACAAGACGGACCAUUGCUUGCCAGAUCUGCAUCUGUCCGAGAACCUUCAAAGCCGCAGAAGCCAACAGCAGCAGUGGGGGAUCUCAGCAGGAAGCAUGGCAAUGUCGAUCAAGAUGCGGCAGAGUCAUACCCGAAGCCAAACAAAGACAACAAGCGGAGAACUGUGCAGGUGGAAUAUGUGGCUCCUCGAUCACAGACACAACGUGGAGAAGCAUCAGCGCCUGCUACCGCAGCACCUUCGGGUACUUCGAGGACAAGAGCACGUGCAGGAAGUCAAGGCCCGGUGGAGGUUCCUACAACCCAGCCAGCGCGGAGAGUCCUCUCAACAGAGAAGCCAUUGCCUCAAGAUCCUCCCAGAGAUGCUCAAUAUCAAGCCAGACGGCCAUCGAGCUCACGCCAACAACAAGGCAUGGCCCCUCCAUCCCGACCCGGACGAGAACCACCUCGGUCUGCUUCCGACGCUAACUACAUCCCAGCACACGCACCUCCUCCCGUCUCCAUUGCUCGACCGAAUACUGGUGGCUCGAUGACUUCGACUGGGAGCAGAUCAGGAUCUUUGGCUCUUGCAAACCGUGGAUCAUACAGCCAACCUGCCGCGCCAACUGUUGCUGGGACGAAUGCCCAAGGAAGAAUGUCACAACCAAAAAAUGCGAAGACCUACAAUAUCUCCGGGCCGAUCUCGCAAGAUGAGCAAUCUGACUUCGGAAGACCGAGUGCGAAUCAAGUCCCACCGAAGUUUGCAAGAGUUACUGGGUUGGAAGGUGCAAAUGCAUACGAGUCGAAGGGACAAGGCCACAAGAGAUCGAACACAAUCGGUGGAAUCUUCAGCAGGACAAACUCGAUAUUCGGAGGAAAGCGAAAUGCUGAAAAGUCCGAAGAGAAACCGAGGAAGUAUCCUCCGGUUAGCAUGACCAGCGGUGUCGGACAACAGGACACGCCAAGGCAGUCCAUGGAUUCUCGACGCUCGAUAUCCUUCGGCUUUGGCAAGAAGAGAAGCGGCAGCAUCACAGGCUCCCAAACCACAACUCUCCAAGAAAAGCCCCGAAGAUUUUCCCUCCUCCCUGCGUCCUUCUCACUGAAAGCAAUCGGCAUUGGCAAAGAAUAUGGUGCCCCAGGCGAACCUUCCGCGGAUGAGCACUAUGCAGACGAGCGAGGCAAUUAUCUCGAUCCCCCACAAAGUGCACCGCAAAACCAAAGCAGGAACAUCAGCGGCGUCACGGCAACUAUGCCUUACACAGCCGACGGCUCUUACGACCGCAACCGCGACAGCCCGAAACAGAGCCGCUCUAGAGGGCCAAAUAUCUCCACCCCAAUUCACCAACGCUACGCCUCCCAGCCAGUCUCUGAUCCUCGCUCCGGCGCACCACCGCAAUUUCUCCCACCCAUGAACUUCCGCCAAGACCAGUCUGCGUUAACCACCGAGUCCGAAUCCUCUCUCGUUGAUCUCCAGAACAGAAGACAACCAUAUUCUUCAGGGUUUAGCGAGUACGACGAUUCACGCAGACAAACUCACGGGCAGUCCUCGCGACGCGAACAACCAGGCGGACGAGGCGUGCUUGUCAAGAACAACCGCAAGUUCACGGAGGCGUACGAGCAGGAGGCUAAUAACGGAUAUGGACCUACACACUCAGAUCAUGCGGGGAGUAGUGGCGCUGCGAGGAAGGUGAUGGACUUCUUCCGCAGAAGAGGGAGAGAUCGCGGACAGUAA